AAUCCCUACCACAACUUCUCUUCCCUUCCUUGAUUUCUAAACCACCACCCAUUCUGUUUCUCCCUCCCCUUUCUACUCAUAUAUACACAAACUUCCAUUUCUGAAGUCUCACCCUGCAUUUCAGUUCUCAUAUAACCAGCACCACCAAUGGCAGCAACCACCACCUCCAGCACUGUACUUAGACCAACCCCAUUUCUGGGCCAGACAAGGGGAUCCAACAUUAACCAACUUAGAGAUGUUGUCUCUAUGGGCACUGGGAAAUUCACCAUGGGGAAUGAACUAUGGUAUGGACCAGACCGGGUGAAGUACUUGGGACCUUUCUCUGCUCAGACUCCUUCAUACCUCACUGGAGAAUUUCCCGGUGAUUAUGGAUGGGAUACUGCAGGAUUAUCAGCUGACCCAGAGGCUUUUGCCAGGAAUAGGGCUCUUGAGGUGAUCCAUGGGAGAUGGGCUAUGCUGGGAGCACUUGGGUGUAUCACCCCAGAAGUUCUUGAGAAAUGGGUGAAAGUGGACUUCAAGGAGCCAAUUUGGUUCAAAGCUGGAGCUCAGAUCUUCUCUGAAGGAGGGCUUGACUAUUUGGGCAACCCAAACCUUGUACAUGCUCAGAGCAUCUUGGCAGUGCUGGCCUUUCAAGUACUUCUCAUGGGACUGGUUGAGGGCUUCCGUAUCAAUGGCUUAGAAGGUGUGGGUGAGGGAAACAACCUCUACCCUGGUGGGACAUACUUUGACCCCUUGGGACUUGCUGAUGAUCCAGUCACAUUUGCUGAGCUCAAAGUGAAGGAGAUCAAGAAUGGUCGGCUAGCCAUGUUCUCCAUGUUUGGUUUCUUUGUGCAGGCCAUUGUUACUGGCAAAGGUCCACUAGAGAACCUCUUGGAUCACCUUGACAACCCUGUGGCUAACAAUGCCUGGGUCUAUGCUACCAAGUUUGUGCCUGGAUCCUAGAUUGAUUUCAAUUCCUUUUUUUUUUUUUUUCUCUCUUUUGUGAAAACUAAUGAAUGGAGAUGGAUAGUGUCCAUGUACAUUAUCGUGGUAAGUGGUUGAUUUCUUGAAUGUUCAUGUAACUCAUCUGUAUCAGUAAAUGGAUAUAUUUGUGAGUCCUGAAAUUGGUGCGAUACUCGAGAAAUGAAGAUUAUCAAUUUU